CGAGCUUGAGAAACUAAAUAGGAGGAGCAGAGAUGGGUCUGUUGACAAGUGUGAAUAUCAGGAGUGUGUGAGAGAUGAGAAGGAUAGUAGGCGAUCAACAAGAAGCGAGCAUGACAAGGAUGGUGCAAGUUAUAAAGUUAUGGUUGGAGAAGCUGCUGACAGGGAUAGUAGGCACAAGGAUGCUGCAAGAUAUAAAGCUAAGUAUGAAGAAGAUGCUGACAGAGAUAGUAGGCACAGGGAUAGCAGGUCCAGGGAAGAUAGGCACAAGGAUGAAUAUGCCUUAAGAGAUCACCACAGUGACAGGUCGGGUAGUAAGCAUGCAAAUGAUGAAAGUUAUGCUGUUGAAAGUCGGUAUAAGAAAUCAAGAUAUGAUGAUGGAGAACAGACUAGGUAUAAUGAUGAUAGGGGAAGUAGAGGGUGGACCAUGAUUAUAGUACAUCCUGAAGUACGACAUGUUGAUCCAGAAAAGAAUAAUGGAGGAGACACUGUGUUUCAUGAUGAUAGGAGAAAUAGAGCUGAUGAUAUAGAGGACCAAGCCUAUUGCAUAUCCACAAGUACCAAGGAACAACAUGUUGAUCCUGAAAAGAAUGAUGGAGGGUACACUAGGUAUAAGGAUGAUAGGGGAAAUAGAGCUGAUGAUAGAGAGGACCAAAACUUUAGCAGAUCCCGGAGUACCAAGGAACGACAUGUUGAUCCAGAAAAGAAUGCUGGAGAAUUCACUAGGUAUAAUGAUGAUAGGGGAAAUAGAGCUGAUGAUAGAGAGGACAGAAGCUAUAGUAGAUCCCGAAGUACCAAGGAACAACAUUUUGAUCCAGAAAAGAAAGUCAGUGUCAUGGCAGAGUCUAUUGCUGAUAAGAAAGGGUCUCGUUUACACCAUGCUGAUGCAGACUUAAAUGCAAGCUGUAACAGACAGAGGAAUUCACCUAGCUCCCAUUCUCAUCUUUCAAAAGAUCAAUCCAGGCCCUCAAUCCAAGCAGAAUUGAAGUAUGGGGAACCUGAAGAAAGAGUAAGGCAAAAUUUCCUUCCCUCAAAGGAGGUUGUAGAUGUUUCUGGAGUUCUUGAGCAGCCUUGUUUGUCUAAACGCACCAAGAGACUAUUUGACAAGGACGACAGUAGUUUCGGUGACUUAUCAGUCGAGAGGGAUUUGAUUUCUGAUGAGUCCAAACCCUCCACUUCUCCUCUGGAUCUACCUGAUGAUUCUAAGUUGACAAGAUCUACAUGGGACAACUAUGAUAGCAAAAAAUUUGGAAAGAGUAGUGGUGUCAAGGAUACAGGUUCAUCUUGUGUUGAAGGAAAGGGAAGUUGGCAGUUGCCUUCCAAGAAACUUCCUGUAGGUAGAAAAUUCUAGGUAGUGAUGUUUUCUCUUCUUCAUCUUCUAUUAAUGCUGGUCAAGUACCUAGCAACUCAUACUCCAAUUUUCGUCGACCACACAAUCAUUACAAGAGGGCUAAUUGUCCCAAUGCUGGACCAGUGCAUGGUAAUGCCAGGAAAGGUGUUCCAAAUCAGCCUUCUCCACUCGUGAACAACUUCACUCAUUUCCAGCAUGGCCCAGUUUCUGUUGGUUUUCAUCCCCUUAUGCAUCAGUUCCUGCUUUUCCUAUGUAUAGUGCAAGACCUGUGAUGGAUAUAAAUCACCCUGUAUUUUCUCAUCAUGUCCCUGAUGCUGGCAGAUACUUCUGCCAUGGGCAUCAGUAUGGGUGGCAAAAUCCUGUUGAUAAUAGUUCAUACCCACCAUUGCCUGGGUGAGAUGCAAAUAAUGCUGCCACCAGGUCUGAGGCUCCAGCAUAUGGGACAUUUGAUUGGAACCACAAUACAGAAUCAAUUGGCGGCCAGCAGUUGGAGACGAGUGAAGAUAUGUUGAAGGGCUCAACUGGCGGUGUGCAUCUUCCUUCAGUCUCUCAGGAAGAGAAUCCAGCAGUAUAUGCAAAAGAAGAUGAAACUUGCUUGGGGUUAUUAAGGCUGCAAGAGAACCAGAGUGAUACUAAUUUGGACAAGGGUCAGAAGAUUGAAAUUGGUCUAGAUAGUGAUGAUUUAGCAAAGGAACCAUGUAAACCGUCCAAAAGUAUUGCUGAGAAAUUACCUAAACUUUCUAAGAUACCAAAGGAUGAUGACGGUCAUCUUUGGCUUGUGUAUCUCUCCAGGCUUGACAUUUCAGCAGAGCUUACUCAUCCAGAGCUAUACAAUAAAUGCCUGACUCUAAAGGAUGUGGAACAGAAUGAAAGCAUUGAUGAAGAUUCUUUGGAGCUUCUCUUUCUGGAGGAAGUUGUAAAAACCCAAGUGGAGCUACCUAAACUUGUGUCAAGUGCUUCUCUUUUUGUUGCCAUAGAUGAUUCUGUUUUUCAGAGAGCGAUGUCCUUUUACAAAAAGCAGAGAGAAGAGACGAGGGCCAUAACUCAUCCCUUAUUGAUAGAUGGACAACAGACAUCAUUUUAUAGUGCACAGAAACUGGAUGUUGUUCCAAUUUGUGACCGAGAGAAUGACGUUGUGCCAUUUUCAUCUUUUAAUGAGCUCAAGCAAGGGCAGUUUUUCCCAGCUGGUUCUGCACUCCACAACAAGGUAGAUGAAUCAGCUCAUGUACUCGGUUUGGAGAAAUCAUGUGAACCAAGUCCAAGGCAAGUCUAUACGAGUAUGAUUCUGGAUGUAGAGACAGUAAAUGGCUGCAUCAAGGAUGGGUCUGCGACUUCCACAAUGCAUCGCAAUCUGCUGCCAGCGGGCCUGGUUAUCUGAGUGGGGUCUGCGACUUCCAUUCUGCUGGUAGCACUGAGGAAAAUAAGUCACUUGAUUCUAGGUCUGAUCAUAUAACAGUUUCAAAAGUGUCUAGUGAGGCAUUUGAGAAUGUGAUGUCUCAGUCAAUUGAGCCUGGGUCAGUGAGUUUAAGUCGGAUACAUGAUGCUCUUGAAAGUACACAUUAAAACAGUUUCUAGUUUCCUUUUCCGAUCUAAAUUAUGCCUCCUCUUAUCUGUUUGUGGCCUUUAUCUAGCUCAUUUCAUCUGAUACUCUUUUUCU